AAUUUGUGGCAAACAAACAAAGGCACAAUUAGAAAUAUUUUUUUUCUUUUCUCUUCUCUUUUUCCUUCUCCAAGCCCAGCCUCCGACCUGAUGGGCGCGGCAGGCGCGCUGUCCACCUAGUUGUUUAAACUCUCGUUCUAUACCCAUCAAGAAAUUGAGCUGCUAAAGCCACACCAUCACGCUUCUGAGCAUUCUCCCGUCCUAUACCCAUCAACUGGUCUGUCAUCUUCAUCUCGGCCGCAAGGCAAAUCAACUUGUUCGCCCUGUCCAGCAUCUCUGCGGGUGUUCUCCAGCUUUUCUACGAUUGGUUUCACAAAAUCCAGAGUCUCUGCGGGUGUUCUCCAGGUGAACUCUGCUUCUGGUUUGUGAAGGGUGAUUCCAGCGCACCAAUAGAAUGCAGAACUCACAACUUUCAAGUGCAUUUCCAAGGGAACCAACACUAGAAUUUCUAAAACACAUCACAGAAGACUUCUCAAGUGAACGAGAGGUCGGGCGUGGUGGAUUCGGUGUGGUUUACAAGGGCAUACUUCAAAGUGGACAACAGGUUACUGUGAAGAAGCUUGUGCGAACAACAGGAAUUCAUGACAGACGGUUUCAGAAUGAGGUUGGCAAUCUCCUGAUGCUGGAGCACAAAAAUAUCGUCAAGCUACUUGGUUCUUGCUACCACGCAGAAAAGAAAUUGGUGGAGGUAAAUGGCAGAUUUGUUUUCUCAGAUGUCCCGGAAAAGUUUCUCUGCUAUGAGUAUCUCUCUAAUGGCAGCCUUGACAACUACAUCUAUGGUGAAUCCUCCCGACUUGAUUGGCCCAUGCGCUUCAAAAUAAUAAUAGGGAUAUGCAGUGGCUUACAUUUUCUACAUGAGGAGCGACGUGAGGCCAUCGUACACUUAAACCUCAGGCCGAGCAAUAUAUUGUUGGAUGAUAAUAUGGUGCCCAAAAUUGUAGAUUUUGGCUUGUCCAGAUUGUUCGGCGAAGAACAAACCAGGAUUCUCACCCAAAACGUGGUGGGAUGGAUAGGAUACAUAGCCCCAGAAUAUAACUACAGAGGCGAAGUCUCAGUGAAGUCAGACAUAUACAGUUUGGGUGUUCUUAUUCUCGAGAUAGUGACAGGAUUGGAGAAGGACCUCAAUGCUGAAGACAUUUCUUCGAGGUUAUUUAUUGAUAAUGUAUUUGAAAAUUGGACGAAUAAGUCGCAUAUAGAAUCAAAGUAUCCAACACUGGAAGAAAAGUACCUGCAACAGGUAAAAAGAUGCAUUGAACUUGGAUUAAACUGCAUGGAAAUUGAUCCAAAGAACAGACCAACUGCGGGAUCAAUACUUGCUAAACUGGAAGAAAUAAAUGAUGAAGCUAGAAUACCUGAAAUCAUGGAGAAGAAGCUGCAACCAAUAAGUGCAUUCCCAAGAGAACCAAAACUGCAAUUUGUAGAAGGUAUCACAGGGAACUUCUCCAAUGAACGAGAAAUUGGAAGAGGUUCUUUUGGGGUAGUUUAUAAGCAGGGAGUGCUCCAAAGUGGAGAAGUUGCUGCAGUAAAGAGGCUUUUGGUAGUUUCACAAAUUAAUCAGGAUAAACAAUUUGAGAAUGAAGUACGCAGUCUGAUCGAUGUCAACCAUACUAACAUAGUGCAGUUAAUUGGGUAUUGUUAUGAAAUACAGCGGAAACUGAAGCAAUCCAAUGGAAAAUAUGUUUUUACAGACACACGAGAAAUGAUACUCUGCUAUGAGUAUUUGCCUAGAGGAAGCCUCGACAAGUAUCUUUAUGGUGAAUCUGAUGAACUUAAUUGGAACAUGAGCUUCAAAAUAAUACUGGGGAUUUGUCGGGGUUUACGGUUCUUACAUGGACUGCAAAGGCCCAUAAUUCAUAUGGAUCUCAAACCUAGCAACAUAUUGUUGGAUGAUAAUUUAAUGCCAAAAAUUGCCGAUUUUGGUUUAUCUAGGCUCUUUGGUGAAGAGCAAACUCAUGCAAUCACUUCAAAUGUUUUGGGAUCAAGAGGAUACAUGGCUCCGGAGUAUUAUUACAGAGGUGAAGUGUCAACUAAAUCAGACAUUUUCAGUCUGGGUAUUCUAAUAAUCGAGAUAGUAACUGGGCUAAAAAUCGAUUCUAACACUGAAGACAUCUCAUCUAACAACCUUAUCGACAAUGUACGUAAAAAUUGGACAAAAAUGCCACAGAUAGCAUCCAAGUACCCAGGCUUAGAAGCAAUCUGCCUCCAACAAGUUAAAAGAUGCAUCGAUGUUGGGUUAACUUGUGUGAGCUCAAAUCCAAAAGAAAGGCCCUCUGUGCAGGUCAUUAUUGACCGGCUUAGUGGAGGAAGCUCCUAUCCAUCCAACAGCUAGAUGAUAACACUUCUCGAACUGCUUGGUACAACCUUCCUCGUUGUGCCAGCGUAUCGUCCAGGAGGGUCGCCUGUGGGUGCAGGCGGGCAAUAGAGCUCUAUGGUCGCUAGUGCAACUUUUGUAAUGUAGUUCCCCCCCCCCCCCACCCCCCCACCUAUGGUUUGUAACACUCUUAAAUGUCAGCUCGGUUAUCUGAGGGACGUUCGUGAAAAAAAAAACUGCUUUGUUUGAA